UUUUUAUCAUAGCCAAUACGCAAUCAUUCAAAUCGUUGCGUUAGGCUGCCCAGAUACCAAAAGAUAGAAAAUAAAAUAUCCUAUCAAAAUAUUUGGACUGUGUUUUAGUUUAAAGAUGGAGGUUACGAUUUCCAAAAUUUCAAAAAUGUCCAACAAAGUUUACUUUUUAGUCUUUAUAUUGACUUUAGCCGGAGUUGUGUUAUGUGCAGAUGAUACAGCAACAACUGGUGAAGAUGCUGCUACGCUAGAGGAAGGUGAAAAGCCAAUAACCGAAGAGGAAUUGGAAUAUGCGAAGGGAUCAUUAUGCGGAUAUUGCACUUAUUGCAAGUUCUGUAAGCUUUGUGAUGAAGACUGCCCAUGUACAACUGGCCCAGGAAAACCUAACUGCCACAUGUGCAAGUACUGUAAAUACUGCAAGUUUUGCUCAAUGUUCUGUGACACAAUAUGCAAGCCUGGAGGCAUGGUAGAUACUAUAUCAUCAACUAUCAUGAGCGCUCUACCCACAUAUAACAAAGAAGAAAUUGAUAAAGAUUUAGAUGGCGUAAAAGACUACAUCAAAGACAAAGAUGAACUUUAACCUAAAUGCUUCAAUAGGGAAUUUCAUUCAUCUACAGAUGUGAAUAAAUCAGAUAACAUGAGUUUUUCUAUAUUCUUCCUUUAAACACCCAAUGUAUUUGUUGGAUUUUGAGCCUGAUAUGAAAAAUACAACUUGGUGUAAUUAAUCAACUCGUACUAGAGAUCUGGAGAUUUGGAUCAUUGUGUGCUUAAUGCAUGUUUAAAGGGAAGAAUAUGGUAUCAUUAUUCAGAUCAAAUCAUCAAAUAGAUCAAACUAAAUUCUAAAUAUUAAUUUUUAUACUCUCAGUAAAGUUGUUUUCAUAGGCAGCUCUUUGUAAGAAUGAUAAAGAAGUCUGAAACUGGUGUUGAUUAUUUCAGAAAUGAACAAGAAACCAAUAUCCGUUAAUUCCUCUGAUAGAGUGUCAAAUGCACAAUUGAAAAAUGUAUUAUAGCAUUGUAAAUGUCCAUUCAUUUGUUGAAACAAUGGAAUCCUAUACUUUAAGGGAUUUACUGUUAUAAACUUGAUCAUAUAAAUGUAAAAGUUGAUCAUAUAAAACAUAUUACUGCUUCUGAGGGUUAAAAUUACUUAAACUGAACAUAAUUUUGAUAAAAAGUAUUUUAGAAAUGAUAGUCUUAUUAGUAUAUCUCUACCAUGACUAAACAAACACAGAAAAAUGAAACUAACCCCCUUGUCCUUUAUUCUCCCUAUUUCAUAAUGAUUUUGGGGUUAAUAGCUUUAG